AUGUGUUGUAAAGAGAACUACUGGCAUCAGGUCGCGGUAAACAUAACCAGAUUGCGCAAUGAGGGGCUGUAUUGCGACUUGCAGAUUGUGGUAAGAGAAAAGAGAUGAAAAAAUAAUCUUAUAUUAUGUGUGUUUAUCAAUCUGUCGGGAAAAUAAUGUGGAGUUUUUCACAUUUUGCAAUCGUCCGUCAUCGCUUUUUGAGGGCUAGCCGCAGCUGGAGAUUUGCUCCGAGGCUGAGACGAGGCAAGAUGCUGCCCUGAGAAAUCCACAUUAUUUUCCCGACAGACUCGUAUAUAGACCACGCAACCAGUUGUGAGAUAAAACUGCUUGCCAUGUGCACUCAUCAGCUCAAAAAAUUUGUUUUGUUUUUAUUUUGUACAUCUCAAUUUUUCAGUGUGAAGACCAAGUAUUCAACGUUCACAAGGUCCUAAUGGCCGCAGGCGUCAGCUAUUUCCGGCAUAUGCUUCGCUCGGGGAUGCUGGAAUCAAGCCACAACCGAGUUGAACUGACCGUAAGUCAUCUAUGAAUCUGUCGGGAAAAUAAUGAGCGCAAUGUCCUUGAUACUUCUGAAAGAAACAAAAUUUUUUAGCCAAGGUUCGGAAAAAAUGGAAAAUUAUUUUUGCAAAUUUUGGUGUGAAAAGUUUGGUGCUUAUUUUUACUAUAGUGGAUAGUGUUUACACACAAAAAAAAUAAUUUUUCCGCGGGAAACUGACAAAGGUACGGCCAAAAGGGGGUUUCUCUGACCAUCCUCCGUAUUCCGUACAAUCUCUUGGCCGAAAAAAUCGUUGAAUAUCUUAACUGCGCUUGUAAGCGUGAGCUGAAACUUUCAGCAAUUUUUCUAGGUCAUAUUUCCAACGAAUGUGUAAAUUUUGAACAAAAACUUCAGCAAUUGGAUCGGCGCAGCGACAGAGCGCUGAUUAUUUUCUCGACAAACUGAUACAGUAGCCCAUCUGUAAACCAAUGAAGUUACACUUGAAACUCCGGUUUACAACUAUUGAAACUCUAGUUUACAACAGUCAUUUUCGCCGUUCUCCUUUCAGAACGUCACACCCGAAGCGCUAGCGGCGAUUGUGGACUUUGUCUACACGGGCCGCACCGAACUGAGCAACAAAAAUGCGGUCGAUAUUCUGCUGGCCGCCAAUUUCUUGAUGGUAAGAGGAGAAGAGCGCUCGGGAAUUACACUUUAGGUGGACGAAUUGCAAGCGCGAUGUGUGCAGUUCUUCAUCGAGAACAUUGACAAUGGAAACUGCUUCAAGGUCUGGCGAUUGGAGAAGGAGUUGGGACUGUCGAAGGAAUUGGCCCGAAUCGUCGACAAAUUCGUUGUGGAAAACUUUGAGGUGAGGGAAAGCAUAUGACACCUUUAUACUUAAUUUUCAGUUCGUUUUCAACAACCCCGAAGUUGGUCUUUUGGACUUUGAAGGUCUGCGAAAGAUCUUAAAAGACGACCAUCUCAAGGUCCGCUCCGAAGAUCAAGUCUUGAUCGCCGCGCUCCACUGGCUACAGUAUGACAUUGAAGAGCGAAUCGAUCACACCGAUGAGCUGUUGAAUUGCAUUAGGAUCACUUAUUUGAAUGACGUGGGCAGGGUUUUGGAUGUUGUGGUGAGUUCUCUGGAAAAAAUCGACUUUUUUCUGCGGUUGUUUUUUGCAAUCGAAGUGCGACAAGUGCCAAGCUCAGAUUUUGAUGAAACUUGACUCGAUUUUAGAGUAAUUUUUUCUAAUAAAUAUGUGAGACUUUAAGGCUGCGAUUUGCAGAAAGACCGAGAUUUUUGGGUCGAAAGUUGGAUAAAAAUGUGUUUUUUUUUGCAAAUUUUGGUGUGAAAAGUUUAGUGGUUAUUUUUGCCGCAUAUGGUAAUGUUUCCACAAAAAAUUAUUUUUUUCCGCAAGAAACUGGCAAAGCUAUGGCCAAAAAUUGUUUUUUCUCUGACCGGUCUCCGCCUUUUGCGUGCUCUCUCUCGGAUGAAAAUAUCAUUAAAUAUCCGGGCUGUGCCUGCAAAUCGCAAGCUAAAACCUUAAAGAAUUCAUAUAUCGGCCUCUAUCGACCUCCCAAGAUGCGUGAAAAAUUCGAGUAAAAUCCAAGCGUCGCACUUGGGACCAUUGACUUCUUUACUUUUAUCAGUCUGUCGGGAAAAUAAUGAGCACUCUGCCGCUCGGAAAUCGCAUCCGCCUAGAAAAUGAAUUGUUUCCGAAACAAAAGCAAAUUUCGUUCCUCCUCACGAUCAGCUAUCCGCCCAACAGUCUGAUAUUAGGUUGUCCAACAAAUAAUGACCCUCUGUGAGAGGGGAAAAGUUUAAAGCCUCUAAAAAAGGCAAGCGAUGAUGGAAUUUUGAAAUAUUACAACAUUUUGUAGCUGAGAUUUCAGGCUUUCGUUUGAUGUAUCGUUUGUCAUAUUGGGACCAAAUUCCAGUAAUUUAGCCCUAAUCGAAAAUUAUCAAAAAAAAGUCGGUUCGUGCUGUCAUCUUUUACGGGCAAAAACAGGACGCGAAAGUUUCAGAAGCUACGCAAAGUAUCAACGCUGUGUUCGACUAGUGUGUUCUGAGUCUGAACACGGUGAAACGAUGGAUUUAAAAAUUACGAUUUGACGGCAAGGGACCCAAAGAUAAAGUACGGAAUCCGAACUUUAUCAAUUUACCCUGAGGUCGUCGGUUGGCGAACAUCCUAGAAUCAACAUUCAACGCGUCUCUGACGUCGUCUGGCUGUUGAAAUAAUCGGCGGCUAACCAUUCGAUGUCGAUGGAAUUCAAAAAAUGCUCGGCAAAUUUUUCCCAUUUUAUUGGAUCAAAGCAAAGAGUGGAAGCAUUACAUUUCUCGCGUUUGCGUGCCGUUUUCUGGAUCGAAUCGUUGCCUCUGAUGGAAAGAGGACCUACUGGGACAACCAGACCAGAUAUGCUGAACGGAGGCCUCCUAGGGUAUCACUGCGGGACUUGUCAAAGCCCGACUCCCCCCAAAACAAGGUGAUGACUACUUCUUGAUGGUGCAGCAUGGGAAUAGUACAAUACAGCUUCUUGAAAGCUGGCCAAAAUGUAGAUACCAUACCCUACUGUAUCCAGAUAGACAGUUUUUUGGCAGCGUCUGUCUUCAACGAUGCGCCGCAGAAGUCCAAAAAUUCUUACAAGGGAAGUCACUUUUUUCGCAGAUCGAUCCAUACUGGCGACCUAGUGGGCAGUGAAGGCGUCAGGCUGUGUAAGAAGUAUCUGGCGUCCAAAAGUGUUUACGGGCCCUGAGGGCAGAGUUAUGGCUCAUCAAAGUUCACGCAAAAAAGGUUCCGAAAAGACCCUCCAAAAAAACGGUGUUGGAUAAGUGAGCUUCGGUAGCAGAGUGGUUCGCAAGUUUUUCUUUUGUCUGGAAGGGCCAGGGUUCGAUUCCUCUUCCCGGCAAUAAAUAAAAAUAAUAUUGUAAGAGUAGCGUAAGUUACAUAAAAAAAUAUUUUAAAAUAUUUUUUGAAAAAUAUUAUUAUCCUGUCGUUAAAAAAUGACGAUUUUGUUCAUAUCGUCACUAAAUUUAUCAUCUGCCCAGACAGCAAGCGUUUGACCCAAACGCUUCAGCAUGAUAUCACGAUCACCAAGGGCGUCUUUGAAAACAUCAGAGAUGUACAUAUUGAGAAUCCCAGUCCUACCUUUACGCCAAUGUUCCCGCAGUUUUCUCCAAUGAUACGGCGUCUUGAUCCACCGUAAUCGCCGCAUUAUUCCGGAAAUUGGAUGCGAUACUCGGUGGAAAAAUGCCUUUGCAUCCCUCACUGUGUCCAAGCUCACAACGAUUCCCCAAAUUUUAAAUUUUUUAACAGGAUAAUAAUAUUUUUCAAAAAUUAUUUUAAAACAAUUUUUUUUUGUAACUUACGCUACUCUUACAAUAUUAUUUUUAGUUAUUGCCGGGAAGAGGAAUUGAACUCUGGCCCUUCCAGACAAAAGAAAAACUUGCGAACCACUCUGCUACCGAAGCUCACUUCUCCCAUCCCGUUUUUUUGGAGGGUCUUUUCGGAACCUUUUUUGCGCGAACUUUGAUGAGCCAUAACUCUGCCCUCAGGGCCCGUAAACACUUUUGGACGCCAGAUUCUUCUUACACAGCCUGAUGCCUUCACAGUCCACUAGGUCACCAGUAUGGAUCGAUCUGCGAAAAAAGUGACUUCCCUUGUUAGCGGCUACACGGAACCUCCCCUUUGAAUGAUGACCCUCCAGAAGCGGAUUUAAUAGAGAUAGGAGACUGUCCCUUGUCCAGCCUAUUUGUCAAAGCUGGUCUAUACACAUUACCAUCAGUUCAAGAAUCUAGCACGUUUCAUCAGUGGUAGAGAAUUCGACAAUCAAGACACCCUUGAAAAGGCCUUCAAAAGUUUCAUCGGCUCCAGAAGCCGGGGUUCCUAAGCUACAGACAUAAAAAACUUUUUGCCACGUUGUAACAAGCGUGAUAAAGCACAUGAUAAUUAUUUUGAUUAAAUACAUCGCAGUUAUUACGGUAAAUUUUGCCGAAAAAAUAAAUUUUUCGAAGAGGGUCAUUAUUUGUUGGACAACCUAAUAUAAUAUUUUCAGCAAGACCUCCAUCUCCGAUGCCUUGUGUCCAACUACAUUUCCCAAAACCUCCCAUGUCCUUCGUCUCAAGCGCCAGUGGAGCUGGAGAGAAUUUAUCCCAGCGGCGUUUUGGUCUGUCUCGGCGGUCGCAAAGACAAGCCCAAUCCUUGCGAAUUCGUGGAGAUUCUUGGCGGAAGGACCAACAAAUGGAAGUUCUUGCAGAGUUUGCCGGUGGCUGGACGACAGGUAAAUCGGCAUGAAAUAUGAGCUUACUUAUAAAGCCUUGUGUGUCCAAAAAAUGUGUCACAAUGACACAUUUUUAAAAUGUAGCAGUAAUAUAAAAAAGGAUCGUAUGUGGCAAGGAGUGCUCGCUAGAGCAAGAUAAAAAAUUUUUGAGCAAUGCAAAGGUUCUAGCCGCAGGAAAAAUUCAGAAAGUCCAUAAAAUCCGUCAUCCAAAAUUGCAAAUUGGAAACGGUUUGGACCUAAAUUUUUUUGUGAGUACUGUAUGGAGCACUUGUAGCCAUAUUCGACUGUUUUUUAUACCGCCGCUACGCUAUAAAAGUAUGCCAUCCUGACACAUUUUCUGGACAAAGGGUAAUCAGUCUAUAGCCAUAUAUGGAAUAUUUGCUUUUUGAAAUUGCCUUACAACUUAUUAGUAUCAACUCUAUCCGUCUAUUCUAUUACAUUUCUGUAAUUUUGCCCACUUUUCAACCCUAAUUUCAGGUCGGCGUGACCGUAAUCGGCUGCAAGGUCUACAUGAUCGGCGGACACGCCGGACGCUACGGCGACUCCUGUAGCGGCGUGUUGGACGUGAAAACCGGCGAAUACAUACUUUUGCCGCCGUUACCGGCGCCCUGUCGCGGCUCCGGCGUCACGCAACUCGACGAUCGCUAUGUGUACGCGAUCGGCGGAACCGACGAGUCCCGCUCGACGAGUUUUUCGCACGUCCAACGCUUCGACACCAGGUCCGGCGAGUGGGAGAUGAUAGCGCCGCUGAAGACGGCGCGCCGCAACAUCAACGCCAUGGCGAUCGGGGGCCGAGUGUACGCGCUCGGCGGGUGCAUUCAGGAGGAGACUUCGAAUGUGAACACGGUGGAAUGCUAUGAUCCGGAGAGGAAUGUGUGGGAAGAGGCGCCGCCAAUGAAUGUGGCAAGGUUCUCGGCGGGCGCCGCUGCAAUUGGCAAUCGGUUGUAUGUGGUUGGAGGGUUCGGAAAUGGGACUUUAACGUAAGAACUUUUAUUACGAAUACCUAUUUUUAUCAAUCAGGGCAAGUACUCCAAGUGCGACGCUCAGAUAAUGAUGAAACUUGGGGCAAAUUCAGAUUUUUUUUACAGCGAGGGCCUGAUCCGGUGGCAAAAAAUACCAUUUUGCAUCCGGGAAGUGUCAAAAAUGUGGCAAAAUGCUUCCCUCUCCAAGUGAAAAAACUCCGAUUUCAUAAGCGCCCCAGCUCUUUGUGUGAGGAAAAGCGCCUUUCAAAACGAAUUCUUUUCACUUGAAGAGGGACCAUUUUGCCGCGUUUUUGACACUUCCUGGAUGCAAAAUGGUACGUUUUUUGCCAUAGGAUCAGGCCCCCCACUAUGUCACUUACAUGGCUCAUUGUCAGACAUGGCAUUUUUUAGGCCCCAAUUUUUUGGGGCUAGCUCGGGCUUUGAAAAUUUCGAAAGAAGGUCCGGGCAGGGCCUGACCUUUUUGGGGCCAGGCCGUGAGGCUUGAGUUUUUUUCCAGGCCAAGCUUUGGACUUUGUGAACUUUAGGGCCCGGCUCCUUCAAAAAAAAAAUAAAAUUUUUUUGCUGUGAAUCAAAAAAUUGAGGUUUAAAUUACCUAAAAGAUCUUAUGUUAGUCGUUUCUGCAAAGCGUGAGCUAGGAGUGUCGCUUAGAAAAAAAUCGAAAUUUUUGCCCAGUUUCAUUAAAAUUUAAGGCUCGCACUUGGGGGGCUUCUGCUGUGAGGCAAAUUGUGCUAAUUGUACGUAGAGUAGUUCCCUUAUAACCCCCUCCAUUUCCAGUGACUGCGAGUAUUUCGACACCAUCUCCAAGACCUGGCACAAAAUCGCGCCGCUGCGAACGGCGCGCGGCGGAGUUGCGGUCGACGCAAUUGGGGGCCGCCUCUACGCCGUGGGCGGCUUCAACGGACAGUAUCUGAAGACGACCGAAAUCUACGACCCAAUCAAAGACGAGUGGACGCCGGGGCCCUGUCUUCACGACGCGCGUGCCGGCUGCGGUGUGGCGCGAGUGCCGCUGGUGGAGGAGGACGUGACCAGGUCGGGACAGGCGCCCGACCUUAUCUAA